GCGUGAUGCUGCCACCACCACCUGGAAUUUGAGGUGGAGGAGCUGUCCGUUCAGCACCACAGUCCGCCUGAGGGGCGUAUCGAAGAAUGACCACAAAAUAAGGGAGAUGUGCUCUCGAAGAAUUAAGAAAAGAAAAUCAAAGACGCGGAUUUCCCCCUCCCUCGCAGGUUGAAACCAUUUAGUGGCAGCAGCACUCGAGAGGCAGACGGACAGAGACAGUCUGCCUCUCUCCAGCUUGGUUUCUACCCUAUACCACACUGAAUUCAGCCCCUGUUUGGUAACGCAGCAUCAAUUUGGCAUUCUCCUACACACUGCAAGAGAAACCUCAGCGGCGUCCAUGCGCAAGAAGACCCACCAUGAGCUCUGAAAGGCGCUGAGAAGACACAGAGAAGAUGAUGUCCUCCAUUCUCCGGACGCUCCUCCUGGCAGAGGCCUGCCUCUACGUCUGCGGGGCCCCCACGCACGUCCCCGGCUUCAGCCGGAUGCAGGGCAGCUCCUGCGAAGAGCACUGCGCAACGGACCGGCUGGCGCACACCACAGAGUCUGCCCCCUUGGAGAAAGAGCUCGCUGCCAGCUUCAUGCUGGAUGUAGGCGCGGGAGGAGGGACUGGCCCACAUGGAGGGCCGGAGGGGAUAGGUCCAGUGACGCAGGCGAGAAACGGGGUCAGCGCUCGUGGAAGAUUUGGGUUGAGCAAGGCUGGUCGAAAGGAGACGGAGAGCGAACCUGAGGGGGAAGAUGUAGAUUUUGUAAAGGAGGACAAGCCUGCGGGUCCAACAGAUGGGAGACAACAGGUGGACACCGACAUGAACACCCACACGCGGACUUCAGGUAGUUUCUGGGCCUCCAUUGCGCCGCAGACGGACUCUUCCUACAGCCAAAAGAGCAAACAGGGCGGGACAGACGCGACCAAGUCGUCCGCUUUUGAUUCUGGACAGGAUGGAUACUCUGAAGCGACCUUGCAGUCUUCUCCAAACACUCCCUUCUGGUCCCCAAAACCGGUCUCCCUUAGUCCCGUCCCUCCGUUGUUGCUGGUCACUCCUCGGACUUCCACACAGCCGUCAGCGUGGGGUCACGAGGCACCAACGAAAUCCUCCCCUUCAGAUCUCCUUCUACCUGAAAUCGGACCGCUGAACAUGAUGCCCAGAGACGACGGCCUGGAGAGUCUGUGGACCGAGGCGGCGAGACCUGCAGGAGCAGACACGGCGGUCCCGCUCUCACAGGAUGAAGCCACAGAGGCCACCAUGUCUUCAGAGGCCCUGCCUCUGAUCUUCGAGCCAUUCGAAGACGCCACAGAGGAGGGACCAGCCGGAGCAGCAGCGGCGGUGGCAGUAGUCUCACAGGCACCAGUCGGGUCUCCUGGUGCCGUGGCAACCAGGCUGCCGCCCACGUCAGAGGCGGACUCCGACCAGCUGGUGAACUCUGACAGUGACGGCCCCUCCAGAGAGCCACCGGCUCUUCUAUCCGAAUGGACUUCACCUUGGCAGGCGUCUGGCUCGGAGCUGCUGGAGUCGGUGGGCGCUGGUACCGCUGCCUCACAGCGGCAGGUCCAGACUGAGCAGGAGGAAGACCAUCCAGGGACAGAAACUGUGAGGACCACAAACUCUGAAGCAGGAACAUCCCCCCAUAACACAAUGACAACCAUAGCGAGCCAUCAGCUCCGGCACAAAUCCAGAACGGGAAUAGAGGAGAUGGACUCUGAGGAGGAGCUGGAUGAGGAUGAAGACGACGAGAACUCUGAGGAAUCGGUGGAAGAAGACAGUGAAGAAGACCUAACAGAAGCGCCAGAAACGUCCUCCACGCAGCCACCGUACAGCCUGAUCCCUCCGCCGCCGGUCUGGGUCCAGCGUAACCAAGGGCUGAUGCGCAGCUGGGCAGAGCUGAUCAGAGAAAAGGCCGGCUACGUGUCCGGGAUGUUGGCCCCCGUGGGCAUCGGCAUCACCGGGGCCCUGUUGAUCGUCGGCGCCCUCUACAGCAUCCGAAUGCUCCACCGCAAAAGAAGGAACAGCUUCAAACACCAGAGGAGGAAGGCCAGACAGCCGGAGCAACCCCGGGAGCCUGGCACCAGCUGUCAGGAUCAGGCCAUGCUGCUGGCUGACAGCUCCGAGGAUGAAUUCUGAGACCAUUCAGGCUUGUUUUUGUGAGCGAUCAUCAGCAGAUGCUCUCCAGUAGGAGCGGUCUGGAAAAUGUCUCCGUCAGUAUUAACCCCAUCAGUCUCGUCUGUUUGGGCACGGCUCAUCUGAUACACACAGAAGAAGAAGAAGGGCACACACUGUUUGCAAUGUAAACAGGGUGUGUGUGUGUGUGUGUGAAAGUUCCUCAAGUUAUAUACAGUCAUUGUAGAAAGCAGGUGCACAAACUUUCAGUUCUUGGUAUUUAAGUGUACAGAAACACACAUCAAUUUUCCACUCUGUCCCAGUUUUUAAAGCAAAGAUGAGGCUAAAAUAGAGUCACGGUAUCACUCGUUCACAUGACCUAUUACCAAACUGAUGUUAGUUUCUGAUUCGGGAAGUAGCUAAAGGGCGAUUCCACCUAAUUAUAUCACUACCUUCUGCAUCUUUAAUCAACUCAAGUUAAAAAAACUACAAUACCUAGAUACUUCAGACUUGGACUGAAUUAUUCUGCUCUAAUAGCAGAAUAUUUAAAACCACAUUUGGGACUUGUGAAUUUCUUUUUCUGAUUUGUGAAAUUUCAAUUAAGGACAAUUUUUGUCCUUUUUUUUUAUCUUGGUCACACUGGAACUGCUCUAAUUCCACUUUUUUUUUAAACUAGAGUUGAUUAAAGAUACGGAAGGUAGUGAAUAAUUAGGUGGGCUCGCCCUUUAGCCAUUUCCCGAAUCGGAAGCUUGAAUCGGAAACCAAGAUAUACCCAACAGAGUCUUUCACAGUCCAGCCCAAAGUUAUUCAUACUCAUCAUUUAUUAGCGGUAAGAACUAUUCAUAGAAUAUAUUUCUGUCGGCUAUAAAUAAACGACAAAGAAACAUCAAAAAGGGAGACUUUUAAAACAUCCUUUUUUGCAUUUAGUUCAGAAUUAUUUACGACUUUUCCCUCAAUGUUCAUCUUGUUUUGUUUUUUUAGAACUUCUGCAUGCUCCUAUCUAUUGUUUUCUUGGAGAAAACCCCUAUCUAAGCAUUUCUGCGCACAGUGUGAUGUUUACCUCCAGAAUCUUUUUACUCGCGAUAGCCUUUUCUUUGACGGGGUUUACGCAACAGUCUUGUGUCCAAAACAUCUGCUCAGCAGUUUGUCCCGAUAAAGCGUUUAAGAACUCGAGGUGAGACUUUUGCUUGCCUGGCUGAGAGGAACGGAGGCCGUCCAGUUUGCAGAGAUAAGCCCGACACGAAGAGCGCCGCUGGAAUCGGAGCCUUGAGACGCCGACGCCAAAACAGAGUUCAGAUUCACCGAGGAAGGCCUUGGCAGUGCGACCUGAAGGGCUUUGGACGCUGAAAACAUCAGGAGGCCUCCGAAAGGCUCGGAUGUUUAGCAGCUGAGAGCUGAAGCAGUCAUGGAAUAACAACAAAAAAAAUAUAUAUAUAUACAUAUAUAUAUAUAUAUAUAUAUAUAUAUAAGUCAGAUAUUCUUACUGCUACUUUAAUCCUAUCAUUUUAGGAUUUAUGAGAGAAACUACUUUAAUCAGUUUUUAUCUUUUAUUGCGAGUUUGGUUUUGUAUGUGUGCAAAUAAACGAAGUCAGAACAUAAGCUGACUGUAAAUAGCUCACCUAGACACUUUUAGAAUGAUGUCUCAUUCAAUUGGGCCGUUGUAAGAAAAUAAUAUAUGUAUAUAUAAAAAAAAAACACUAGAAAGCUAUUUCCCAAAAUAUGAAACCCUUAAGAUCAAUUUGGUUUCAAGAUUAUAUUCACACCAAUGUUUACACACGCAGCGCCUUGCAAAAGUAUUCAUACAUGUAUGUUACUUUUUCACACUUUGUCAUGUUUCAGCUACAAACCUCAAUGCAGAUUUGAAUUGUUGAAUUUUUUUUGAACAAAUAAACUUAUUUUUAAAAAAAAAAUGAAAGAAAAGCGUGCAUAUAUGUGUUCAGCCCACUAUAAUCACUGUAGUGUGUUGCUCUGUCGCCCCAGUAAAACACAGUGACGUUCAAACUGUGGAAAAGCUCAAGGGGUGUGAAUACUUUUGCAAGAAACCGUACUGCUCUGUAAAAAUAAAUAUUUGCUGCUUUGUGAGGAUCAAACUUUUGGUCGGCGGUGACCGCCUGACGUUAAGGUUGCUGUAAAAAACUUUAAUUUGAGCCAGUUUCGACAUUGUUGUUUUUAAUCUUUCAACACUUAAAGCUCAUUUCAUCCCCUUAUGUUAUCACGAGGAGAUGAAAUGAGCUUAUUGUUACAUUAUUAUUAUUAUUGCUUAUAGAAGCAAAAUGUUGGACCUAAAAAAAUAAAAAUAAAAGCCUUCGGGGUUCUCUGCUGCUUUCUAUUCAUGAUGAGAUUUAAAGUGUCAAUAACUGGAAUUUAAUUUCUAUGUGUCAUUUCCAGUGAUGACAUCCGUUGUGUAUUGUAGCUAUGUGAUCUAUUUUAAAUAAAAGAUGUCUAGUUUGAAUGUUAUUUCAAAGACAAUUUCUAUCAAAUUCUUUUGACAGAAGUUGCUGGAACAAAGCAACACACCGAACAUCGUCAUCCUAUUUACAACAUGUAGCAUAAAACACACUCAAUUGUACAAAAUAACUAAAAUGUAAACUCGUCUCAUCUCCUGGACUAUUUUCUCAUAUUUGACCUUUUUGACGCACCGAGGGAGAGUAAAGAGAGAAGAUUAGAUCUUUCCAAAUCUCUGGAGAUUCAGUUUAUUUUCUUAACCUGCUUUUAAAAAGCAGAAUUGUGAACUGGGGUUAAAGACACGGGAUGAUUGUAAGCAAUAACCAAUAAGGUCUAAUUUAAACACGUGGAAACUUUUGUCGGUGUGACCUGCUUCCUGCCCGUUUAUAUAUUUUUCCAUUUCGAUGUGAGCGUGAUGUAAAAUGCUUAUGGUCUGUAAAUAUGAAGAGUGGUGAUCAAGUACACAUUUCUUGUAGAUGUCCGUUUUUGUUUAUUGACCACAACAAACCUGUUUUUAAUAAAAAAAUAUUUGACUAUUUAA